CCACGGUUCGGCAGCUUUGUUUUCUAUUCUGCGGCUGGUGUUCUUCUGAUCAGGCGUACUAACUCAUUCAUUUCAUGAGAAUCAGUCAAUACAAAUGCUCCCAACAAAAAACAAAAAACUCGUUGGGCGCUUCGAAUGUGAUUCCAGAUUAUCAUCAUCAUCAUCAUCUCUCUCUCAUGAACAGCGAUGGCUUUCAUCGUUACGGCCUCCUCGACCUAGUGCCUGGCGAUGGUGACGAUUCCAUUGAAGCUUAUGACAUCUGCGCCAUUCACUAUUCCAGCCGUCUGGAGCACAGCCGCUGAUAACACAUACUGUUGCUUCUUCCCAGGUCCAGUGAUCUGAAAGUUACGAGGUAAUCGGACGUCUAUCGUAAAAUUUCCAAAUCCCGACACGGAAUGUCCCCCUUCGACCAAAUCGCUCUGAGGACUCGUCAAGACGAAUUCGCCCACGUUCGAACGUGGAGUCGUUCCGGGUUCCAAUCCGAAUAUAACGUAAUACUGAGCGUUAUUGAUGAUGUGUAAGUUCGUGAAGAACGUCACGGUGAAUUUGUGACCGGGUCGGAGGACGUUGGUGGGUACUUUGAUACCGCUUAUGAUGGCGGAGACGGUCGAAAAGUUGAUACUUGUGAGGAGGAAGAAAAGGAAGAGAGAGGUGUCCCUGCACACUUGAGCGCUUGCACGACUCUCUCUUAUACCUCCUACAUCUUCUCUCACCAGGGGGGGGGG